AGUAGAGCCUUUGAGACUACACAGGGGGAUCUCAACAAUAUAAAGAGAAGAACUGACUCAUUAAGGUAAACGCACAAAAUGGAGGUUCCUAUGAGCACCAUGUUCAUCCUGUGUCUGUUUGGGUCCGUCCUCAGCCAAGACAUGUCCUAUGAGGACAUAAUGGCCCAGCUUGAGGCCUGUCCCAAAGAGUGUCGCUGCCCACGGAACUUCCCUCGAGCCGUCUACUGUGACAAUAAAGACCUCACCGUAAUCCCCAAUAUCCCUCCUCAUACAUGGUACCUUUACCUCCAGAAUAACAACAUCGAAGUACUCUCUGCCGGUGCCCUGCGUAACGCCACACAGCUGCGUUGGCUGAACCUCAACCGAAACAAAAUCACAAGCAAUGGAGUAGAGCAGGGUGUGCUGAGUACAAUGUCACAGCUGGCACACCUGUACAUGGACGAUAACCUGCUGUCCUCUGUGCCUUCUCCAUUGCCACCCAGUCUGGAACAUCUUCGUCUGUCUCGCAACCGGAUUUCCAAAAUCCCUGCAGGUGUCUUCUCUGGUCUGAACAAACUCAACCUCCUGGAUCUUCAGAGCAACAAGCUGAUGGACGAUGCAGUCACAGAAGUCAGUCUAAAAGGUCUAACUAACUUGGUUCAGAUAAACCUUUCCAAAAAUCAACUGACCAGUAUGCCUAUUGGACUACCACCCACCACAACGCAACUCUUCUUGGAUGGCAACAACAUCGACAAGAUUCCAGCAGAUUAUUUCAAAGGUCUGCCAAAGAUGACCUUUAUCAGGCUCAACUACAACAAACUCGCCAGUAGUGGAGUUCCAAAAGAUGUCUUCAACGUCUCCAGUAUUUUGGACCUACAGCUGUCCCACAAUCAGCUGACCGAAGUGCCACUCAUCCCUUCUGGCCUUGAACACUUGUACCUGGACCACAAUAAGAUCUCAACUGUGAGUGGCUCUGGUGUGUGUCCAGACUCUGCAGAUGUAAAGGACGACACAAAUGAAAGUGGGCCUCGUCUGCGCUAUCUCCGACUAGAUGGCAACGAGAUCAAACCUCCCAUUCCCAGUGACAUCAUCACAUGCUUCCGCCUCCUCACGUCCAUCGUCAUCUGAAAUGAGACUCACAAGAAGGAUUGUCUAAACAAAUUACGGAAUUACGGUACAUCUUCUGCUAGCUGUGCCUUAUGUAGGUUGACAUGUGGAUGGCUUUCCUAAAAGAGGAUAUAUUGUUGCAUGUUUUUAAGUUAAAACAGCCAGAGAAGAUUUCAUUUUUAAUAGUGUUCUUUU